AUGAAGCCUCCCCGUCUUCUGACCUUCCUUAGCCUCCUGGUGGCCCUGGCUGGCGGGAACCUGCUCCAGUUUGGGGUGAUGAUUGAGAAGAUGACCGGGAAGUCGGCGCUGCAGUACAAUGACUACGGCUGCUACUGCGGCAUCGGCGGCUCCCACUGGCCGGUGGACCCGACGGACUGGUGCUGCCAUGCCCACGACUGCUGCUACGGGCGCCUGCAGAAGCUGGGCUGCGAGCCCAAACUGGAGCGGUACCUUUUCUCGGCCAGCAAGAGCAACAUCCUCUGCUCCGGCAGAACGGCCUGCCAGCAAGAGACCUGCGAGUGUGACAAGACAGCUGCACUCUGCUUUCGCCAAAACCUGGACACCUACGACCGCAAAUACGUCCGCUACCCCAACAAGCUGUGCACAGGCCCCAGCCCACCCUGCUAAGGCUGUGCCCCCCCCCCUCCUCCCUGUGGCCUUCUGAGGCCCCGCCUCCAGCUGCUGCAGCCCCAGGCCUGGGGAGCAUUGGCACCAAAGGCCCUCCUUCUGGAACAUUCCUUUCCUGCAAACCCAUCCCACCCUGAGGAUGCCCAGAGUGUGGCCUGGAUCAUUGCUGGCCUCCCAGGCCAUGUACCCCUUAGCAAGAGGCAGGCCCUGGAAGCUUCAGCACCCA